UGACUCGGCUCCUUGCAAUCGCUCGCGGAAGUGGUCCCUCCUCCGCAACCCUCGCGGGGUCUCCGGGCGCCCUUCGGCGCCGGCAGACACAAGCGAGCACCGCCGUACUGGCACGCUGCUUGUCGCCGCAAUGGUGCAGUUGUACAACUUGCACCCAUUCGGGUCGCAGCAGGUAGUGCCCUGCAAGGUGGAGGCGUUCGCCGUGGCCGGCCAGGAGCUGUGCCAGCCGAGGUGCACCUUCUCCACGCUGGGCCGCGUGUUGCGCUUGGCUUACAGCGAGGCUGGAGACUAUUUGGUAGCAAUUGAAGAGAAAAACAAAGCUACAUUUCUGCGUGCUUAUGUGAACUGGAGAAGUAAAAGGAUUGAGAACUCCCGAGUGUGUAUCCGAAUGGUUGGACAUAAUUUAGAGGCACCCUUCCGCGAAACCUUCAGAGACCAGAUGUCUAUUGUUGAAAUGCCACUUUCUGAGGCUCCCUUGUGCAUUUCCUGUUGCCCUGUGAAAGGAGACCUUCUUGUUGGCUGCACAAAUAAAUUAGUCUUAUUUAGUUUGAAGUAUCAGAUUAUUAAUGAAGAAUUCUCAGUAUUGGAUUUUGAACGUUCUUUAAUUAUACACAUACAUAAUAUCACUCCUGUUGAAAUUUCUUUUUGUGUUAGCUAUGUCGCUGUCAUGUCAGACUUAGAAGUCUUAAUCCUAAAAUUGGAGUCAAAUCCUAAAAAUGGAGAGAGUUUUAACCACCAUCCACAUAAGACCAACAAUCCGGCGAAACAGGCAGAAGGCAUCAGUAAUGAAACUUUGCAGUCUGAGUCAGAUGAUUUUGUUAUUUGCCAAAAGCCCAUGGAACUUCUUGGUGAAAAAAGUGAACAGUCUGGAAUAUCUAUUACACUGGAAUCAACGGGAUUAGAUGAUGAAAAAAUAAAUUAUUUCCAUGUUCAGCACCUGCUCUAUAGACGUUUUGCUCCUGAUAUUUCAUCCUAUGUCUUAUCUGAUGACAUUAAGUUGCAUUCACUUCAGCUGCUACCCAUUUACCAAACAGGUUCUCUUACUUCUGAUAGAAAAAAUUCAUCUCAGGAAAAAGAGUUGUUGAGUCUCUUUUGUUUUUUCUCAUUACCUCAUGUGGGCUAUCUCUACAUGGUUGUCAAAUCUGUUGAAUUAAUGUCAAUUUAUCAAUAUCCUGAGAGGUCUCAGCAGGCAGUGCUCACGCCACAAUUUUUGCAUGUCAUCACAAGUAACAACCUACAGUGUUUCACAGUGCGGUGCAGUGCAGCGGCAGCUCGUGAGGAGGACCCGUACGUGGACUCUACCCUGAAGGCUUGCCCACCUGUCAGUAUGGAUGUCUGUGCUUUAAGAAUACAACUUUUCAUAGGCUUGAAAGCCAUCUGUCACUUUAAAAACCACAUCAUACUUUUGACCAAGGCAGACCCUGAGGCCAUUCCAGAGAGAAGAGAGUCACCCAAGAAGCUUCUUUCUAGAAAAGGUACCAGUGUUAAGCUCAAAACAUCUCCUGUAGCUGAGGCUGGGUGGAAUUUGUAUAUUGUGAACACGAUCUCACCAGUGCAACUCUACAAAGAAAUGGUAGACUACAGUAAUACCUACAAGACUGCAAAAACCCAGAGCUGCAUCCACCUUCUUAGUGAGGCUCAUCUGUUAGUGAGAGCUGCCCUGAUGGAUGGCAGUCAGCUGGAACCUGGAGAAAAAGCAGAGCUUUUAGAUGCAUUUAAAGAAAGCUGUGGGCACCUUGGAGACUGCUAUAGCAGGCUCGACACCCAGUAUUCCCACCUUGCCUUGCCGUACUAUAAGAUGUCUGGUUUGUCUAUGGCUGAAGUUUUGGCCCGAGUGGACUGGGCAGUAGAGGAUGGAUCACAGAAAUACGAGAGGGGGUUAAUCUUUUACAUUAAUCAUUCACUUUAUGAAAACCCGGAUGAAGAAUUAAGUGAAGAAUUAGCAGCAAAAGUGGUUCAGAUGUUUCAUGUGGCCGAGCCAAAGCAACUGCCUCAUAUUCUCUGUAGUCCUACUAUGAAGAAUAUUAAUCCUGUAACUGCCAUGAGCUAUCUAAGGAAGCUGGAUACUUCUGGGUUUUCAUCAGUCUUAGUGACAUUGACCAAAGCAGCAGUGGCUCUGAAAAUGGGAGAUCUUGACAUGCACAGAAAUGAAAUGAAAAGCCACUCAGAGAUGAAGUUGGUAUGUGGCUUUAUUCUGGAACCUCGUCUGUUGAUUCAACAGAAGAAGGGACAGAUUGUUCCAACUGAACUUGCAGUUCACUUGAAGGAGACUCAGCCUGGAUUACUUGUGGCUUCAGUCCUAGGCUUACAGAAGAACAACAAAAUUGGAAUUGAAGAAGCAGAUUCCUUCUUUAAGGUGCUUUGUGGUAAGGAUGAAGAUACAAUUCCUCAGCUCUUGGUGGACUUUUGGGAAGCUCAGCUAGUAGCAUGUCUCCCAGAUGUGUUACUGCAGGAACUCCUUUUCAAGCUCACAUCACAGUACAUCUGGAGGUUAUCUAAGAGGCAGUGCCCUGACACCACACCGUUGCGAACAUCAGAGGAUCUGAUAAACGCCUGUAGUCAUUAUGGCUUAAUCUAUCCCUGGGUUAAUGUCUUAAUAUCAUCUGAUUCUUUAGCUGACAAAAAUUAUACAGAAGAUCUCUUCAAAUUACAGUCGCUUAUAUGUGGUCCUUCAUUUGACAUAGCUUCCAUUGUUCCAUUCUUGGAACCACUCUCAGAAGACACUGUUGCUGGCCUCAGUGUUCAGGUUCUGUGUCGGACACGUUUGAAAGAGUAUGAACAGUGCAUAGACACACUGUUAGAGAGGUGCCCGGAGGCGAUCAUUCCAUAUGCCAAUCACGAACUGAAAGAAGAGAAUCGGAUUUUGUGGUGGAAAAAACUGCUCCCUGAACUUUGUCAGAGAGUAAAAUGUGGUGGAGAGAAAUAUCAACUUUACCUGUCAUCAUUAAAAGAAACAUUGUCAAUUGUUGCUGUGGAACUAGAACUAAGGGAUUUCUUGAAUGUCCUUCCAGAAGAUGGCACUGCAGCAUUUUUCUUGCCCUAUCUUCUUUACUGCAGUCGAAAGAAAUCAUUAACUUGAAGGUAUCAUUUGAAAAACACCACAAUGGCAUAUGAAUUUUAAAAAACCGAAUGCCAGGGAAAAUGUAAAUAAAAAACUUUCAUAUUGAAUGUGUAUUAGAAAUGCUUUAAGGCUGCUUGCCUUAUCAUGUAGUGGUAUUUCAUAAUUUAUGAUCUGAAUCCAUUUAAUUGUCCAGAAUGUAAAACUAUAAGGCAUAAGAAUUUCCUCAAAGAAGGCAUAUAUUUUUUAAAAGUAGAGAUUGACUUUUAUUCCAUGGAACAUCAAUUUACUGUUGUUGCAAACAUGAAAAUCUUUUUCAUCCCAAGAACACAAACAUUUCACAAGUAUGCUUGAAAGAAUGUCACUCCAAGUGAUCCAGGAUUUAAUUUUAUUGAUUUUUCCAGAUUUUCCUAUUGGGUCACUUUUUAAAACAGUUUUCUUUGAGAAAGAUGUUAAUGUUUUGCCAUAGUAAGAUUUCAGACUUUUAUUUUCUUGUUCCUUUUAAAACUCAUGCUCUUUCUUUCUGAAUCAAAUGAAGUAGAAGUUUACAAAGUUAACUUUCUUCUUGUCUUGGCUGUUAAAAUGAUUUGUUGAAUGCAUGUUUUUCAGCCAAAGCCUUUUUUCCAUUUUUUUGUUGAUGUAUACUCGUGCUCUUUUAGCUAGAGUAUAUUUGAAAAUAAAGGAAUAUAUUAUUGUAUUCA